UAUAAGCUCCACCCCAUACUGCGAAUUUCAUUUCCACGCUGACCUUCCCUCAAGAGACAUCGCCAUGGCCAAGUGCACUGCAUUGCUCCUUGUCCUGAUUUCCUGCGCAGCCUCAGUGUAUACACAUGAGUGCGUGACGUGCUCACAAACGUCUCUGACAACCGAUGCAAAGAGUCUAACCUGCAGCGGUUCUAAACAAUCCUGUAAGGAACAUCAGGACCACUGCGUGACCCGUUAUAUUGAUGAGAAAGAUACCAAUGGCAAACUGAUUCAGGGCUGGAUUGUCAGAGAAUGCGGAACAUCGCACAACUGUUUCGAUGCUUUGAGCUUUACCAAUGGAACCACUGUCAUUUUGAUGUCCGUCAAAUGCUGCGUGCUUGACAUUUGUCUAUUAGAAGAUCCUCCAUCUAAAGGUAAACAGCCAAAAAAACCACUGAAAUGUGAAGCCUGUUAUGAAAACGGUCAGUCUGAGUGUUACACUAACAAAACAAUGGUGUGCGAUGGAGAACACAGUAAAUGUGCCAGCAUUUCCUACAGCUCAACAGAUACAACAAAUAAUAAGGUUACAGAGCAGUUCUUCACGAGAGGAUGUGCCGAAGAAAAAAAAUGCAGCAACAAAACUAUUACAGCACAAGUCGGCAACACAAAGUAUCAAUUUGGAUAUACCUGCAAUGGUUGCUCCGGCCUCUACUUCAGCCCUUUAAUGCUUGUCCUCGCUGCUAUCUCCAUGAUAAAACUCAUAUAGGGGUGGGUUUUCUAUCACAGUUGGGGAUAUGUUUGAUCGGGUUGUCCCAGAACUACAACUUUCAGCAACCCCAUGCCGGGGAAGGAUGAAGCUAAUGGGCUACUGCAAAUGCUGUAAUGCUUGGAUAUCGCUUGUUAAAUGCACUGCCAUGUAUUGUAUGGGCUGUUGGUGUACAGUAAAUAAAAGGGAAAGACUGUCUGCCAAACCGUU